AUGACUAGUCCUGACGCCCCUCCAACUAAACUACAAGAGACUCUCCGAAGCCUUAAUUUUAAACUUGCUGAUGCAUCGCCCGAAUAUGUUCAAAGAAGAAAGAAACAAAUGGUCCUCUUCAUGACCGCGGCUGCUGCCACUAUCUUCACAUCUAGGUUCGCCUACAAAUCCACAAUUACAAGGCAAUACGUUCCUUCUCUAUUUCAAGGAAACCACCUGCCACCACUAAGCUACAACUUCACCAUGGAUGCUGCUGUUGCCGUUGGAACUGGUACCAUGCUCUGUGCCUCCGUCUCAUCGAUGCUCAUCUUUGGCACCUGCUGGGUACUGGAUAUCUCAUCAUUUCAAGAAUUUGGUUGGAGAAUGAAAUCGGCCAUGGGAGGAGUCAAGUCGCAGUUGAAGCUUGCUGAGAUGCCCAUGGACGAGGAGUCCACUUCCAUUCAAGACGGAUUGAACGAUAUAUUGGAGGGUAAGUUUGAGCCCGAGUUCGAAAAUGACGUGGCUCAGAAGUGA